GAGAGAAAAUUGUUUCAAACACCACGUUAAGAAUUUAAAUAAAUAACCUGUAUGGAGGUAAAUAUACUAUACAUCUACUCUCAGUGAGAAAAACAACUACUGACCCACCUGUGAGGCCGUUUCAAUUAAAUGUCAGGACCUUAAGAAAUCACUAAAGAUGCCGCUGUUUGGAAACACAUUCAGUCCGAAGAAGAUCCCCCCUCGCAAAUCUGCAUCUCUGUCCAGCCUCCAUACGUUGGAUCGUUCAACUAGAGAAGUAGAACUGGGCCUUGAGUAUGGACCACCUGCCAUGAACCUUGGAGGUCAGAGUUGGAAAUUUGAAGAGGGCCAGUGGAUAUCAGAAUCGGUGGGAAAUGGGUCCGGUAAGGAAUUUCAGCGGCUUAAGAAAAGAAAUGUACAGUUGGAGGAAGAGAACAACCUCCUGAAACUUAAAAUAGAAAUUCUCUUGGACAUGCUGACAGAGACUACUGUGGAAUACCACCUGAUGGAGAAAGAAGCGGAAGAUAUAAAGACACAAAUUCGAAGGAAGAAAUGACAAAUCCAAUCUGAUGCCUUCAUAACAGGAAAUGUUUUUCAUUCUUAGAGAGAACGUCAAGAUUGCUUAUAGGGAAAAAAGAGCUGUUUCUUUGUUUUUGCUUUUACGCACAAAAUUAUGUGCCCAUAUUUUUUACAUAAUGAGGAUUUCUUUGUCGUAGAUGUAGGACUUGCUUGUAUUUAAUUGCAAAAGCAGAUAGUCAGAUAUUUGUUCUUUUCUACAUUUGUAACUCUAAAUCUGUAUCUGAAAGACACAGCAUAAUUUAUACAUCUGUAUGGCAAAUACAGGCAAAUUUUCUUCAUUUUCUUUCUAAGAUUUUUUGUAUUUAUUGUAUUUUCUAUUAGAACUAAAAUUCCAUUACAGUAA